CCGAAUUCGAGCAAUUAAUGAUGGCUCAGCAAGGAAGAGGACCAGCAAUGCCUCGCGGUGACGGGACAACUCCCGACAAUGGUGAAGUCAUACACAUCUCCUCCUUGGCUCUGCUCAAGAUGCUCAAACACGGGCGCGCGGGUGUGCCCAUGGAGGUCAUGGGUCUUAUGCUUGGAGAAUUUGUCGACGAAUACACUGUCCAAGUGAUUGAUGUCUUUGCGAUGCCCCAGUCUGGCACUACCGUUACCGUCGAAUCUGUUGAUCAUGUCUUUCAAACAAAAAUGGUCGAAAUGUUGAAACAGACGGGGCGGCCGGAAAUGGUCGUAGGAUGGUAUCACUCACAUCCAGGUUUUGGAUGUUGGUUGUCAAGUGUCGAUAUCAACACCCAGCAGUCCUUUGAAUCGCUCAAUUCAAGAUCUGUUGCAGUUGUCAUUGACCCGAUUCAAUCUGUGAAAGGAAAGGUGGUUAUUGAUGCUUUUCGUCUCAUCAAUCCGCAUUCCGUCAUCUCGGGCAAAGAGCCUCGACAGACGACCUCAAAUAUUGGACAUAUCAAUAAACCUUCAAUACAGGCACUCAUUCAUGGCCUAAAUCGCCACUACUACUCCAUCGCCGUAAACUACCGCAAGACAGAGCUCGAACAGUCGAUGCUUAUGAAUUUACACAAGAGAAAUUGGACGGAAGGGCUGAAAUUGCGUGACUUCAAUCUUCACAAAGAGGGGAACGAACAGGCGAUCAAGUCCAUGUUAGCGCUCUCGGCAGCAUAUAACAAAUCUGUCCAAGAAGAAACGACGUUGACCCCUGAGCAGCUCAAAACAAGGCAUGUGGGAAAGCAGGAUCCAAAACGACAUCUGGAGGAUGCUGUUGAGAAAGCUAUGGGGGAUCAAAUAGUGCAGAACCUUGGGACAAUGUUAUUGGCGGAGUUGUGAGUGUAUAAUAUGGGGCCUGCUCUUCGCAUCGCUAGAGAUGAACUUGAGAGGGACCAAGCUACCAAGGUCCAAAGCGAAACAUCAUCAGGGAACGUAUCUCGAACCUCUAAGUAUCGUACCGUUCAUUCAAGUCGGAACUGUG